AUAUGCAAAAAUUUUCUUUCUCGGUGAAAAUCCGGCAGCCCUCGUCCCUCUUUCGCGCGCGACUCUGGAACGGCGCCGUCGCCGCCACCGUCGAUCCGAUGGAGAAGAAGAGAAGAGCGGCCGUAGUGGUCCUCGGCGACAUCGGCCGCAGUCCUCGGAUGCAAUUCCACGCUCUCUCCCUUGCCCGCCAGGCUGAUUUAGAGGUGGACAUUGUUGCCAAUGGAGGAAAUGAACCCUAUGUGGCCAUCAAAGAGAAUCAGUCCAUCCAUCUGCACGAAAUGAAAUCUGUGUCCUUUCAAGCCCUGUCAAAGAUAUCAAGUGCGCUGUCUCUUUUAGUGAAGGCAGUUCUGCAAUUUAUUAUUUUAGUUUGGUUUCUGUGCUUUAGAAUUCCUCGUCCGGAUAUUUUCCUUGUGCAGAAUCCGCCAUCUGUUCCAACACUUGCUGCAGUUAAAUUUUCCAGCUGGUUAAGACGGUCAAGCUUUUUGAUUGACUGGCACAAUUUUGGGUAUACUUUACUGGGUUUGUCCCAUGGGAGAAGUCAUAUAAUUGUGAAAAUCUAUCAUUGGUUUGAGAAAUUUUUUGGGAGGAUGGCAGAUGGAUCCUUAUGUGUUACACAGGCAAUGCAACAUGAGCUUGCUCAAAACUGGGGAAUCAAAGCAACUGUCCUCUAUGACCAGCCUCCUGAAUUUUUCCAUCCUGCUUCAACUGAGGAGAAACAUGAGUUGUUUUGUAGGUUAGGGAACAACAUCUGUCAUCAAGACAACAUAUGUGAUUGUGUUUCUUUUGGAGCUGAAGGCCUGAAAGGCUGUACCUCAGUCCAUGUAAUGGACAGAUUAAGCCAAAGCAUGUUUACUGGCCAGGUCGGCAAUGACUUUUUCUUGAAGCCAAAUAGGCCUGCGCUUGUGGUUAGCAGUACCAGCUGGAGUCCGGAUGAAGAUUUUGGUAUGCUUCUUGAAGCAGCCGUUAUGUAUGAUAGGCGGGUUGCUGCUGCCUUAUGUGAGGAUGAUUCCAUUGAGGAUGAAAAACUUUGGAUGGAUAUUUGCAAUGGAAAGCAGUUCUUGUACCCUAGGUUGUUGUUCAUCAUCACUGGUAAAGGGCCUGAAAAAAGGAAAUAUGAAGAACAAAUAAAGAGAUUAAAUCUCCGACGUGUGGCUUUCCGUACAAUGUGGCUUUCAGCUGAGGAUUAUCCUUUAUUGCUUGGAUCAGCGGAUCUUGGCGUGUGUCUACAUACUUCCUCAUCUGGUUUAGACCUUCCAAUGAAGGUUGUUGAUAUGUUUGGAUGUGGGCUUCCUGUAUGUGCUGUUUCCUUCUCAUGCAUUGAGGAGCUUGUGAAAGUUGAGAAAAAUGGCCUUCUCUUUUCAUCACCAUCUGAGCUUGCUGAUCAGUUCAUGAUGUUUUUCAAAGGCUUCCCAGAUCAUUGUGAUGCUCUCAAGUCAUUAAGGGAUGGAGCAUUGGCCACAUGCUCCACUUCAAGAUGGUCUACCGAGUGGCAAACACAUGCAUUACCACUUAUAACACAGGUUAUUUCGGGGGAACGCCGGUGAGAUUUCAGUUGCCGUGCUGAAACAUCUGUUGAGCGUCGUGAGCUGGAGUAAUGCACUGAACCUUGAUGUUCAAGUAAAUGGAAUCGAUUAGCGAUCAUCUGAAUUAUAUAUCAUAUUGAUAGAGAUGUCACACACCGGAAAUUUUUAGUAUGCUGUUAAAAACUGGACCAGGCCUUGUAUUAGUUCUAUAUUUUUGCAAACCAAAUCAUUUGUUUAAAGCAGACGUUUAGUAAAAUCAAAGGUCUUGAAUAAGUUUGGUGGUGGUUGUUAAAAACAAAUUUCUUGUGUUAUUAUGAAGAUAAAUGUUCAAAGUGGUUGUCUCUGCCUAAUGUUGUA